AAACACUUAUUUCUUCUGUGUACUUUCUUAGUUGAUGAUAUUUGCCAGCUCAGAGGUGGCGGGAAAUUUUAUAGAGAAAAGAUCGGAACGAUGGCCAAUCCCAUUAUGAAUGGAGGUGGAGACCACACAGACCUCCAGGCAGACAUUUCUGUCGAUGACCCUGAAAUGUAUAACUUGAUCAAACAGGAAAAGGAGAGACAGAUGAGAGGACUCGAACUCAUUGCCUCGGAGAACUUUACAAGCAAGGCUGUCCUCCAGUGCCUAGGGUCCUGUCUCACAAACAAAUAUUCAGAAGGUCAACCAGGACAAAGGUAUUAUGGAGGGAAUGAAUUCAUUGAUCAAAUAGAGCUGCUAUGCCAGAAGCGAGCCCUGCAAGCCUUUGGAUUGUCCCCAGAUAAGUGGGGAGUCAAUGUUCAGCCUCUCUCUGGAUCCCCGGCUAAUUUUGCUGUCUACACAGGAGUUGUUGGGCCCCAUGGUAGAAUCAUGGGUCUUCAUCUUCCAGAUGGUGGUCAUCUUAGUCAUGGCUUCAUGACUCCCUCUAAGAAGAUAUCUGCCACGUCGGUGUACUUUGAAUCCUUCCCAUACAGAGUUGAUCCAAAGACAGGAUUAAUAGACUAUGACCAGCUUCACCAGAAUGCAAAGCUCUUCCUUCCUGAUAUGAUUGUUGCAGGAGUGAGCUGCUACUCUAGACAUCUGGACUACAAGCGAUUUAAGGAGAUAGCUGAUGAGAAUGGAGCGUAUGUACUAGCAGAUAUGGCUCAUGUUAGUGGUCUUGUUGCUGCAGGACUUACCCCUAGUCCAUUUGAAUACUGUGAUAUUGUUACCACAACGACACAUAAAACCCUCAGGGGUCCAAGAUCAGGGAUGAUUUUCUACAGGAAAGGUGUCAGAAGAGUGAAGAAUGGAAAGGAGGAGAUGUAUGACUUGGAGAAGAGGAUUAACGAAGCUGUGUUCCCUGGACUUCAAGGAGGCCCCCAUAACCAUCAAAUUGCAGGUGUAGCUGUGGCAUUACAACAAGCAAUGAGACCAGAAUUCAAAGCAUACCAACAACAGGUCAUCAAUAAUGCACAAGCUAUGUGUCAGGCAUUUCUUUCUAAGGGAUACACAGUAGUAUCAGGUGGAACAGAAAACCAUUUAAUUCUGAUUGAUCUGAGGCCAAAUAAUAUGGAUGGAGCCAGAGCUGAGAGAGUUUUGGAGUCUGUUAGCAUCGCUUUGAAUAAGAACACGUGUCCUGGGGAUAAGAGUGCACUCAAACCGAGUGGACUUAGAAUUGGAGCUCCUGCUCUCACAUCCAGAAACUUUAAAGAGAAGGACUUUGAACAAGUUGUAGAAUAUAUACACAAAGGUCUAGAAAUAACAAGAGAGGCAAUGCAGGGCUGUGGUCCACUUUUAAAAGAUUUCAAACUCAAAUUAGUUGAGGAUCCAGUAAUAAAAGACAAAAUUGCCAAUCUACGCAAGGAAGUGGAAAACUUUGCUCUUCAAUUCCCAAUGCCUGGAAUUGAUAACUGGUGAAUAUUAUUGCUACAUGAAAGACUGAAGUUAAUUUUUAAUCCAAAGAUUAUUGAAUCUUGAACCAUGGGGACAUGCAAAUACUUUUAUGGGAGAAUAUUUAAGUGAAUAGAAUUUUGCUCCAUGACAGGCAAAUCCAGGGAACUCCUUUCUGUAUAAUAUUUAUACAUCGUUCUAUUUAAGAUGUGUUCUGUUCUACAUUACAUCAUGUAACUGAUUAUUUACUAUCAUGAAUGUUGUCAUAAUAAAUUUUAGUAAAUUUUGUCAAA